GUGAGAACAUACGAGCCUUGCUUCAAUUAUGACCACACGUUCUAGACAACUCUUGGAUAAAUACAUUCCUAUGCAGCACCUGGCUCAAAUACCAUGGCUUCCAAUCUGAUUAGAGCAAGCUCAAGCUUGGUUCUAGUGAUUUUAGUAGCUCUCACAGUUCAAAUCUUUUACUUCUCACCCAUAGAUCCAGUUUUUCUGGAUAUAAUAAAACCUGCAUCUUCAACCAAAGACAACAAAUUACAGGAUAUCAUUAAACUGGGAGAAGGACUUGUGAAGGAACCAGAAGAUGUUUCUGUGGAUAAAGAAGGGACUCUCUAUGCAGUUACUCGUGAUGGUUGGAUUAAAAGAUUGCGCAGGAAUGGAAAUUGGGAGGAUUGGAAGCAUAUAGAUAGUAAUACCUUGCUAGGAUUCACAACAGCCAAAGACGGUGGUCUCAUUAUUUGUGACACUGACGAGGGUUUGCUCAAAGUUACAGAAGAUGGUUUCAGUGUAAUCGUUUCACAAGUAAAUGGUUCUCCCUUAAGGUUUGCAGACGACGUGAUAGAAGCCUCGGACGGGAAUAUAUAUUUCAGUGUUGUUAGUACAAAAUUUGAUGUUCAAUAUUGGUACAUGGAUGUGUUAGAGGCAAGACCUCAUGGACAACUUCUCAAGUACAAUCCCACAUCGAAUGAGACUGUUAUUUUGCUCGAUGACGUUGCCUUUGCUAACGGCGUUGCACUCUCCAAGGACGAAGAUUAUGUUGUGGUCUGUGAAACUUGGAAAUAUAGGUGUCUGAGGCAUUGGUUAAAAGGAGAAAAGAAAGGCACAACAGAUAUUUUAAUUGAUAACCUCCCUGGUGCACCUGAUAACAUCAAUCUUGCUCCUGAUGGAUCUUUCUGGAUAGCUUUGCUUCAGUUGACUACUGAAGGAUUGGAGUUUGUGCACGAGUACAAGAUAACCAAGCACAUCGUUGCUUCAUUUCCAAGGCUAAUCAACUUUGUCAAUGGUGCAAAGACGAAAGCAACGGUGGUGAAUGUGGCAACUAAUGGCACGAUAGUGAGAAAGUUUGAUGAUGGUGAUGGGAAGGUCAUUACAUUCGUGACUUCAGCUGUUGAGUUUGAGGACCACCUUUACCUAGGCAGUCUUAAUACCAACUUUGUUGGGAAAUUACCACUGUAUAGUGCAUAGAGUAGUGAAGUUCAGCUCUGAUUGAAAAGUGGUUUGUCUCAGCUUGGAACAAGCAAAAGCAUCUUCUUAUGUGAGUGAUUCAAGACCAAGCACAUAUAGGAGAAUAUUUACCCUAUUAUGCAAAUUUGUUGUUCACCUUUUGUUAGUACCAGAACUAGUACUCAGUAAAUAAAAUAAAAGAAAACUUUAGUGGUCAGAAAAUAAAAAAGAUCAUCAAUUAGAUAGCACCAGGGACGGAUCAAUGCAGGCCCCUGCCUCCCUUGAGAACCCUCACUCCCACUCUCACCAAGAUAACCAAGCAGUUACAUCAAGCAAUAUAAGCAUUAUAAGACCAAGCA